AGCACCUGUACAAAUGUACAACUUCCACAUGAUUGCCGCCAACUACCAAAACCUCGAGCCUCCGCCACCAGCCACCGUAAUAUUCGUCCAUAUAAAGAUCCCUCCACCACCACUCUUUCAUCAACCAUCCCCCUCUCCAUCUCUCUCUAGACAUACACACUGUGUAAUAUUUACUCAAACACAAACUUUACCAUUCUACUUUUUCAGUUUUCUACGUAUAUUCAAGAAAUAAGGCGUUUUUAGAAAAUAUGAUUUCAUUCUCUUCAGUACGAUACAGUCCCACACAAAACCCCGUGGCCUCCGCCACCAGCACGGCCACCCGGACUUUUCUCAUCCCCUACCAUUACCAUACCCGCAAAUUGUCCUUCACCUCACCACCAUUUUUCCAUCCCGCCGACCUCCCACGUCGCCUCAACCGCCUCCGUGUCCAGGCCAUAGACGCAGCACAGCCUUACGACUACGAAGCCCAGCUCGUUAACCGCUUCGCUCAGUCAACCAAGCUCAAAAUCUCCAUUAUUGGAUUCGGCAACUUCGGCCAGUUCCUUGCCAAGGCAUUUAUCCGACAGGGUCACACGGUUUUCGCACAUUCACGUUCAGAUUAUUCGUCAAUAGCGCAAUCCCUUGGCGCCGCCUUCUUCUUUGACACCCACGACCUCUGUGAACAACACCCUGAUGUUAUUCUUCUCUGCACCUCCAUUAUUUCCACUGAAUCAGUGCUCAAAUCCCUCCCUAUUCAACGCCUCAGGCGUAACACACUAUUUGUCGAUGUUUUAUCCGUAAAAGAAUUCCCCAAGAAUAUCUUCUUGCAAUAUCUUCCCUCCCAUUUUGAUAUUCUUUGUAGUCAUCCCAUGUUUGGGCCUGAAAGUGGGAAAAAUGGCUGGCAAAAUUUGGCAUUUGUGUUUGACAAAGUUAGGAUCGGGAAUGAGGAGUCUAGACUUAGGCGGGCCGAGACUUUCUUGGAUAUUUUCAAGAAUGAAGGGUGUAGAAUGGUGGAAAUGACUUGUGCAGAGCAUGAUAAAUACGCUGCAGGAUCUCAGUUUAUUACGCACACAAUGGGGAGGAUUUUGGAGAAGUUGCAAUUGCAGAGUACCCCAGUUAAUACAAAAGGGUAUGAGACUCUGUUGAAUUUGGUGGAGAAUACGGCCAGUGAUAGCUUUGAUUUGUACUAUGGGUUGUUUAUGUACAAUAAGAAUGCCAUGGAGCAGCUGGAGAGGUUGGAUUUAGCGUUUGAGUCAUUGAAGAAAGAGUUGUUUGGGCAUUUACAUGAAGUUUUGAGGAAGCAAUUGUUCGGGAAGUCGGAGGAAAGCCCUAAGCUGGUGCUCUCAAAGUUGCCCAAGAAGUUGCCCAAGAAUGGAACUUCAUUGUUACCCGCGUCUACAUCAGAGACAGAGACCGUGGUGAACAAUAACAAUUAGGAUGUUUCUACUUGUAAUAGGAAUAUGUUGUCUACACUAUCGAUGGUAUUAUGAGUGAUGAAGAGAUCUCCUGGGUACAGACAUUUGUUUACUGCUGAUCAAUAAAAGCAUUUCUUCCUUCCACAUUUUUUAACCUUUAUUUUUUCCUUUCUAAUUCUUCUAUUUUCCCCUAGUCUAGUAUUAUGCACGAUGGGGAUUUUGCAUAUUGUAUAAGCUGUUUAUGUGGUCCAACUUCAUCAAUGUCUUUGGAGCACUCUUUAACUGAUUUCAUUUAUAUUAUUCAAUAAUGUAUACUUUAAUCUUGCUCUGUAUUUAUUUCUUCUCACAAGAGACUUAAUUCUAGUGUGUCUUCAUAAUCUACUCGCCUUCUCACUGCUUUCCAAAUUUAUGUUCAAAAUUUUAAAGAUGGGAAAACCUUCUUAGUUUCCUUUUGCCCUUUGGCAAUAUAUGAGAAUUAUUUUGCAGAUCUGGGUAUAUACGAGAAAUUUGAUAAGCGAGCAAACUAGUUCUUUAAUUAAGCAUCUAGGAAUUAUGUAUUUGUAUUAUAAGGGUGGUUGUGACAUACUUGUGCGCUUAAACUUUUUCCUAUGACUUAGUUGACCGAGUUCUGUAAUAUGAUUCUAAGAACACUGGUGAACAGGCUCUCAUGCUGACAUAGCAUCUGUUCAGAACAUGAGAUAAUUUGCAAAUAAUACAUCUUUUCUGAACGGAAAGCUUCUCUGCUAGUCCAGUCUCCUUUAUUAUAGAUCCAUGAAUGAAACAUGGUUAACCUAUAAUCUCCCUUUCAUCUUGCUGAUGCACUUGAAUAACUAUAAGAAUGUAAAUUUGCACGAGGUCUCUCAAUGGAUAAUCUAUGUUAGUAACUUCUAGUUCAUCUUGUGGGAAUUGAAUCUACAUAAUGUAAGAGUCCAGCUUUAAGUAGCUCAUACAUGUGAUCAGGGAUUGAAGGUGGAGAUGAGGUGCUCAAUAUAUGUUUCUUUUUCUUCUUACUAUUCAGGCACAUCUAGGCUGAUUGGGAUCAUUCCAGAGUAGGACGUGAAAUGGUGAUUAAGGCCACAAUACUAGAUCAACGAUUAAGGCUAGUCGUAGAUAGUAAGGGUAAAAUACAGCUCCCGUAAUUGAUUCAAAAGACCCUGGCUUUCAGUAGAUAAAUACAAUACAAUAUAGUAGAGAGUAAUGCAAUAAACGCA